GUUUUCGUGUGCACAUGAUUCAUAAUUCGUUGGUGCAUCUACCCGACAACUCUAAUCCUACCCAUCAGAUAGCAUAUACACGCCAAAAACAACAUUAAUAGGCAUACAAUAAUAUGAAGUCAUUUGCUUCUUGCAGUGGCAUGGCCGUCUGUCUCACAUUCUUGAUCCUUACUGUGACUAUGCCAACAUCUCACACGAACAUCUUAAAAAACCUGCUGCAGUUCCAGGACAUGAUUGAGUGCAGACUACCGGACAGCACACCGCUGCUGGAUUUCGCCGACUAUGGCUGUUUUUGUGGUUUAGGUGGUUCGGGGACGCCUGUUGACCAGCUCGACCGGUGUUGUUUUACCCAUGAUGGCUGCUACGGCACAGCAAAGACCCUUCCAUCCUGUUCAUCGGUGUUUGACAGUCCGUACACAAACACGUAUGACUACACGUGCGACAAGAAUACCAAAACCAUCACGUGUCUGGACAGCAACGAUGAGUGUGACAUGUUCAUUUGCAAGUGUGACAAGGCUGCAUCGGAGUGUUUUUCUCAAGCCCCUUACAAUGCCUCCAAUAAUCACCUGCCGUCGAGCGUUUGCAGCUCAGCUUCCAGAGAGACCAGCAGCUUUCCUACCGCUCUCACUGCCUUCACCAUCACUCUCACACUCGCGCUUCACAACAAAAUACCCUGUAAUACGUGAAAGGUGCAUGCACUGUGUUAUUUGUUGUCCUGUUGGUCAUUUAAAACCUUUCGCGUGCCGACCGCAAGUUUUGCAUGCACUCAAGCAUUUUGCAACUUUUUCCAAGCCUUA